GUUUUGCAUUCUGUUCAUGUUCUGUUAAAAAAAAAUGGCCACCACAAACCGUUCAAUUUCUGACGCGCUUGAAGUCUCCAUACGCGAUUCAUCAGACACGUAAAAAUAUAGAAAGCCCAUUGUUACCGUCUUCAAUCACAAUAUCUGAGAUUAAUGCUGAAACCCAAUAGUCUGGCGUUAAGGGGCCAUACGAUGACCUUUUCACAUGUCCCAUUGUCUCACGUAAUUUUACACUGACUGUGUCGCGAGUGAAAAAUAAAGUUGUCGAGAGAUUGCAUCGGGGCUUGUUUUUUUUUUGUUCAAGUGAGGAUCAGUUGGGAAUUGUUGGUAACGCAGACGUCGAGAUGCUGAAGAGUGGGGCUUUACCGAAGAAGGAGAGCAAAAUGAGGAUACGCGCUUUUCCGACAACAGUCGAUGAAAAGUACGUGGAGAACAUCUGGGCACUCUUGAAAAAUGCUAUCCAAGAGAUACAGAAGAAAAAUAAUUCGGGAUUGAGUUUUGAGGAGCUUUAUCGGAAUGCAUACACAAUGGUCCUUCACAAAUACGGUGAGAGGUUGUACACAGGCCUCAAGGAAGUUGUCACACAGCAUCUCGAGAAUAAAGUGCGUAAGGAUGUGCUGCAUUCACUUCACAAUAAUUUUCUGCAAACUCUCAAUCAAGCGUGGAACGAUCACACAACAUCGAUGACCAUGAUAAGAGAUAUAUUGAUGUAUAUGGAUCGAGUUUAUGUGCAGCAGAAUGAUGUAGAUAAUGUUUACAAUCUUGGACUCAUCAUAUUUCGCGAUCAAGUGGUGAGAUAUGGGUGUGUCAGAGAUCAUCUGCGAGAGACACUUUUGGGAAUGGUGGCUCGUGAACGGAGGGGGGAGGUUGUUGAUCGUAUGGCAAUAAAAAAUGCGUGUCAAAUGCUGAUGCGUUUAGGUAUUAAUAGUCGUAUCGUCUACGAGGAGGAUUUCGAGAGGCCCUUCCUUCAGCAGAGCGCGGAAUUUUAUCGAAUGGAGUCGCAGAAAUUUCUGGCAGAGAAUAGUGCAUCGGUGUACAUAAAGAAGGUAGAGGCACGCAUCUCCGAGGAAUCUGAAAGGGCAAAGCACUAUCUAGAUGAAUCAACUGAAUCAAGAAUAGUUGAAGUUGUUGAAGAGGAACUUAUAAAAGUUCACAUGAAGACCAUUGUCGAGAUGGAGAAUAGUGGAGUUGUUCAUAUGUUGAAGAAUCAGAAGACAGAUGACCUUGGUUGCAUGUACAAGCUAUUCUCCAGAGUGUCAGACGGUCUUCGAACAGUGUGUGAAUGUGUUUCUCAAUUUUUACGAGAGCAGGGACGUUCGAUGGUCCAAGAGGAUCAAGAAGCUACGACAAAUGCAGUCCAUUUUGUCCAGAAUCUCCUUGAUUUGAAGGAACGUUUCGAUCAUUUUCUCCAUUACUCUUUCAACAACGACAAAAUUUUCAAGCAAAUGAUUGUCGGGGAUUUCGAGUACUUUCUCAACCUGAAUUCCAAGAGUCCAGAGUAUUUGUCCCUGUUCAUUGAUGAUAAGUUGAAGAAAGGGGUUAAGGGAAUGACUGAGCAGGAGAUUGAAGGAAUUCUCGAUAAAACAAUGGUUCUCUUUAGGUUUUUGCAGGAAAAAGACGUGUUCGAGAGGUACUACAAACAACAUCUUGCUAAACGACUGCUGUUGAAUAAAUCUGUUUCUGACGACAGUGAGAAAAAUAUGAUUUCAAAAUUGAAGACUGAAUGUGGAUGUCAAUUCACUUCGAAAUUGGAGGGAAUGUUCAAAGAUAUCACUGUCAGUAAUACGAUUAUGGACGAAUUCAAGGAUCAUGUCCUGGCAUCAGCGACGAAUCUUCGAGGAGUUGAUCUGAGUGUACGGGUUCUUACCACUGGCUUUUGGCCGACACAAUCAGCAACCCCGAAGUGCAGUAUGCCGCCCGCUGCUCGCGAUGCAUUCGAUACAUUUAGACGUUUUUAUCUAGCCAAACACAGUGGCAGACAACUCACCCUCCAGCCACAACUUGGCUCAGCUGAUUUAAAUGCUGUGUUCCAUGGUCCUAAGAGAGAAGAGAGCGCCAAUGGACUGGAAACCCCCUCUUCAACGAGCUCCCUUCUCACCGGCAAUGGUAGUUGUUCAAGUGGCAAUGCCAUCAGCCUCAGAAACACUAGCAGUAGUUGCUCCAAUCCUAGAAAGCACAUCAUUCAAGUAUCCACCUACCAAAUGUGUGUUCUUAUGCUGUUCAAUAACCGGGACAAGUUGACCUAUGAAGAAAUACAAAGUGAAACAGACAUUCCUGAGAGAGAUCUCAUCAGAGCCCUGCAGUCUCUUGCUAUGGGCAAGGCUGCCCAAAGAGUUCUACUCAAGUUUCCAAGAUCGAAAGAAAUUGAACCGUCGCAUUACUUCACUGUCAACGAUAGCUUUACCAGUAAAUUACACAGAGUCAAGAUUCAGACAGUAGCAGCUAAGGGCGAGUCCGAGCCUGAACGAAAGGAAACUCGAAAUAAAGUGGAUGAGGAUCGUAAACACGAGAUCGAGGCUGCAAUCGUUAGGAUAAUGAAAGCUCGCAAACGAAUGGCACACAACAUUCUUGUGACAGAAGUGACACAACAACUUCGUGUAAGAUUUCUGCCAUCUCCGACGAUCAUUAAGAAACGUAUUGAAGGCCUGAUUGAACGAGAAUACCUAGCUCGAACCCCAGAAGAUAGAAAAGUGUAUACAUACGUUGCUUAAUUAAAUUUGUACAAAAGAGGAGCAGAAAAAGAGCGCUAGCCGAGCCAAGUCAAGAAGGAGAAAACAUAAUCGAGUGUGGAAAAAACAGAGAUUUUUUUCGAUCAAAGCAAGAGGAUAAAUGACUAUCGUCAAAACUGUCUAUUUUUGUUCCGCCCCCUCCCCCUUCCUGUUUGCGCUGUUUUUUCAAAAUUAAUCCACGAUAUUUUUGGGCCCUGAACAUUAUUCGGAAUUUUAUUUUCUUUUCUCCUCGUAACUAACAUUAUCAAACUAAUGGUGUAAGAACUAAAAAAUUAAGAGAACAUUGUCAAGAUUAGGAGACGAUAAAAAUGAAGAAAACAUUAUUAUAAAAGAUUUAAAAUAUUCCAGAAGUAUUGAGAAAUAUACCAUUUUUUAAUAAUUUAUCAUCCGUUCCCUAAAUGACCGAAAUGAAUAGAGUAAGUACUGAUUAUUGGGGGAGGGAACGAGAGCUCAUGAUAGUGACUGAUAUUCCACAGAGAGUAUGUGGGGAGAUGACACAUGCUAACUGAAGAUAAUCUAACUAAAUAUUCCUUAAAUAAGACAAAAAGAUAGUGAAGUACAAAAACCUUUUCCAGAUAAUUUUCAAGCCUUCCUUCCUUGAUAUCUGUUAAUAUUAGAGAGUGAGAGGGUUUUCAAUAAAUAAUAAUUUAUUUAAA